AUUUGAAAAUCAUGUCCUCUGAAUGAAUGAGUUAGGAUGAAUAUUUAUGAAUACAUAAUUAGGGUAAAAUUUAUUGACUUUAUUGGUGAACACUUAUUCCCUGCAAAUUUCCGAUGCCAAUCAAAAAAAUUACUUUUAACACACUUUCAAAUGAUUUGGAUAGAAAGUUGAUUUACCUAGAAGUAAACUAAUAGUGCUUAAAGAAACAAAAUUGAAUAAAUUACAUAAAGACUUAUGAUUGGUAUGAUAUUACUCAAAAUGUAUUCAAACCUCAAUAACUGUUAAUCAAGAUCUUCAAUAAAUAAAAUAAGGAUUCGUCAUAUCCUCGAUUGAAUGUUGUUGAUGAACCAAGAAUCAUUUAAUUUCCUGAAAAUUUUAUGCUUAUCAACCGAUGACCGAGAAUAAGCUGUUCUGAAUUUUACCCUUAAGAUGCCAAAAAAGCAAAAACAACGGAAACGAUCCAAAACCGUAAUAGAGAAACAAGAAAAAGGCGAUAAAAAAACUACCAGGAAAGUUAAAUCAGAAGACAGUAUUGAAUUACCUGUAUCACUAUUAACUAAUGAAAUAACAGACGAAGAUACAAUAACUGAAUUAGUUCAAUGGAAAUCAAAAACCUCAUUAUCAGAGGAAAGCUUAGAUCUUAAUAACAAUAGUCUGAAUGAUGCUAAAAACGCUAAAGAUGACAAAAAAGUUACAGUCAACAGGCCUAUCGAGCGACCAUCAAGCCCAAUCACCUACAAAACGACCAUUAUUUUACAUCCUGAGCAAGCCAGCCAACCUCAUUACCAAAGAGUCACCACUUUGAAUGUCAAGAGAGAUACGCCACCGAGAAUCAUUGAAACAUCAUCACAAACCAAUAAAGUUAAUCAACUGGAUGAGGAAGCUAACACAGUGGAGUGGUUAAUUUCAUCUGUAAUAAUCCUUGCCAUUGCGUUGCUGUUAAUCCGAUUUUUUUGAUUGAAUUGAAUUUCUUUAAAAUCAAGUCUAUAAAGUAAUUUUACUUUUAAUAAUAUAAGAACACGAAUGAGAUGUUAACAAAUCAGCUGAGACUUUGAUUGAUAUACCAAAACCAUUUGCUUAGUUACUGUUAAUAACCAACAAACCGAUCCAAUUUAUAAAUAGCAAUUGAUAUUGUAA